AUGGACUCCCCGGGAUGUCUGCCCGGUGCCGGCCUGGCCGACUUGAUACGGACAGCCCAGCUUCUCGCCGAUCGAUAUGCCCAAAUGUCAAACAGUCUCAACACUGCUCCCGUCACUUUAGCUGCGCUCGCCAAAGAAUGCAAGGCCGUCACCGAUGCUCUUCGACGAUUUAAGUAUCUCCGUCAGACUAUUCCCGAGACGCUCGUAUUCGACCCUGUUCUCCUCGAUGAAUCUUGCCACGAAGCCCUGGAUGCCGUCGCGACCAACCUUUCACAGCUCGACUUCUACAGUGCGCGAAUCCGCCCUGCCACGAGCGACAGCGCCGUCGACAUGUCCAAUGGCCAACUCACCAUUAUCUGGAACGAAGACACUCUAAGGCAGAUCCAUCGCCAGCUAAGAACAAGCCGUCAAUCUCUCGCUUUCCUAUUAAACUGUGUUCCAAGCGAGCAUGUGACGUCCAAGAACCACUCCACAUUCAUGCACUCAUCCCGCCUCGUCCCGUGGGACUGUGCUAUAAGCCCGGCUGUUUUGAACAAGGGCAGUCGAUUGCGUCUGUCAACAAUCGGGCCACGAAACCGUCCAGAUGUCUCGUCUGUUUGCGACGUGUCCGGAGUCCACUCCGCGCUGAGGAGACUCAGGCCAAAGCCUGGGACCCUUUUCAAACAGAGCAUGCGAACAGCCAAGGAGCUGCACGAUGCCAUCGAUCGAGGGGACGAGGCCACUGUCGUGAAGCUUCUGCUGCAACGGAUCGACCCGAAUGCGCCUAGUCUUGGAUCCAAGAUCACCCCGCUACGUCGAGCUCUCAGCCGGCAGCUUCCAUCGAUUGCGACUUUCGUCGCCAUCGCGGGAGCAGACCUGGAGCACCGCGGCGAGGAUGGCGACACGGCGCUCAUCACUGCUGUCAAACAAGAUUUCUCAGACAAAUACGUCUCCUUGCUCUGCGAUCUCGGCGCUUCAGUCAAUGCGGUAGACGCAUUGGGGUGCUCAGCUCUUCACUAUGCUGCCAUGUCUUCAAACGAAGACGACGACACUCUAGCUGUUCUGAUACAUGCUGGAGCCGACGUUGACCGCCGAGACUUGGGUGGGCGGACGCCAUUGUUAGCAGCUGUGCAAAACUACCGAUUCAAGUCGAUUGAGAGGCUCCUCGAAUUCGGCGCAGACUUGGAAGCUCGCUUGCAGAAUGGACGCACGGCACUCCACGUCGCCAUCUCAAUGCACAGCUGCCCCUUGGUGGAGUUUCUCUCCGACCAAGGCGCCUAUCUUGAUCGGCGAGUCAACGAACACACCGCUCUGACCUUCGCGAUCGCCAUGGCAUGCCCUGAUAUUGCCGAGGUGCUGGUCCAGGCGGGCGCUAAUGUCGACCAUCCCAGCACAAAAGGGAACUUUCCACUUCUCGCUGCCGCUGCUGCCGGCGACCUACGCACUAUGAAGCUUUUGCUCUCUCAGGCCGCGAGGUUGGACGCCGUCGGCGGCGAAGGGUAUCUACCCAUCCACAUGGCAGCUCAUAAGAACCGAGUCGAGAUCUUGCAUCUUUUGUUCAAGUCCGACUCGCCCAUCGACCCCUUGACAGAGCACGGUGAGACUCCCCUCACUAUCGCAAUGCACUUGGGGUGUUACGAGGCGGCCCAGUUCCUGAUUGAAAUCGGAGCAAAUGUCGACCACGCUGCACCUGGUGCAGAAAGAAUCAUCUGCCAGGCCCUCAAAGCCGGAAACACGCGCAUUGCAAUGGCACUCGUCCGAGGCGGAGCAGAUCUCACGACACCCUUGAGACGAGAAACCAGCAUGACCCCGAUACAUCAAGCAGCUCACCUAGGACAGAACGAUGUGAUUGCAACGAUGAUCAAGGCUGGUGUUGAUCUCGACACAAGGACUUGGCCUGGGUACACACCUCUAUUCUUUGCAGCGGAGGCUGGACACAUUGCCACUGUCCGCCUUCUGCUCGCCGGCGGCGCCCACUUUCGAGAGCGAUCAAAGUCAUGCGGAAACCUCCUCUUCGUGAGUACGGCCCAUCCUGCGAUGAUGAAGUUCCUAAUUGAGUUGGGCCUCGACCCCAACGAGCGCGAUCACCACGGCGCCACGCCACUUCAUUAUGCAGCCCUAAAUGGCCAUGCUACUACGGUGAAGCUGCUCUUACAACGAGGCGCGAGGAUGACGCAUGCAAGUGCAGUCUUCGAGACACUAGCUGACUACAAGACAAAAUCUACCUAUCGACAAGGUACUCCUGCCGGCUUAGCCAGGCAGAAGGAACACAUCAAAGUUGCUCGGCUGCUCGAAGGCUGGAAGUUCAAGAAACCCCCACAUCCUGCAUGA